CCACUCUCUACUCCCCGGUACACCAGUUCCACAUAGGAAACGACAGAGAGAUGGAGAGUGAGAGGAGCGAGAGAAAGAAACCAUAGGAGCAACAUUGGGCCUUGGCGCUUGAGAAAAGGGAUUCAACCAAAGCCGUGUUGCUGCUUCGAUGGCAGCAUGAGGGGAGGGGGCUUCUUCCUCGAAUAAGUGUCGUACUAGGAGCCGUGGGGAAGUGACUGAUGAUGGUGGAUCUGGGCGUACUGCACGUCCGUGGGGUAGCAUGCUCGAGCUCCCGGGCACAUUGGAUGCAAGCGAGAUCCAGCAAACGGUGGCAGCGCUUGCUGUAGAGAAGCUACCAGGGCCAUCGAUAGGGAACACCUCCACUCCAACAACUCGGUUCAGUGUGGGUUCAAUUUUGUACCCAGUGGUGAGGAGUACCGGGCUUGGCAGUUUCCUGACAGUUAGGGUGGCUGGUAAAAUGAAUAGGAGGUUCUAUGCCCGGGUGUUGUCUAGAUUAGAUCCGAAAAUGAUGGGUAUGGCUUUUCCAGAUGGGCAGGUUAGGUACUUAGACAAGGAUGUUGUGUCUAGGAUUACUGGCAUCGUGUCCAGGCCGAGGCCUGUAAAAUUUGGUCCUCUGGCAGACAGGGCACAAACUGUAGAGAAGGUGCAGUCCUUGUUGGGACUGGAUGUUAGAGCCUCGGCUGGAGUUAAGGUAAGAGAGCUACAAAAACUUGCUCAGAUUUGUGAUCCUGAUGAGAUGUCGGCGGAGCAACUUCAGGCAGCGCGCAUAGCAUACACUCUGCUUGUCUGCUGCACUAAGGUGGACCUGAAGAGUGGCCAAGCCAGUGUGCCAGAUGAACUGCUGGCAUGUGUGGAGGACCCAAGCAAAAUUGGAGAGUACGAUUGGGCAGGGUACAUUCUGACUGUGACAAGGAGAGCCGCUGAGAAAUUCAAAGCAGAUCUGCUAAGUGGUGCAAAGACAUACAGCAUAGGAGGGUGCAAUCUCCCCGUGCAGACAAAACCUGAAGGAAGCAUGGUGCGCCUAUCAAUGAGGUGGUACCCUCUGAUUGUGCCGAGUAUAGAGGUAGUACUAUGGACAGGACCUGUCGAGGUUGAGCAGGGCAUGCAUAGCAUCAUGUCCGUGCUGGAGGAUCAUGUUAGGUCAAUGCUAGUGGAUGCUAUAUUAACUGUUGUAGCAGAGACUAAUGAAGCAAACCGAAGCUCGGUGGUUGAUGAGCUGAUGAGGCAGGCAGAUGACAAAAUGAAGAAGCCGCAGUUUUGCUUUGGGAGCAAGCUAUACCUAGGUGCCGUUAGCACGUCGGCAAUGAUCCGUCCACUAUCAUGUGUUGGGAGCAGCAGUUCGAGUGGGCACUUGGUCGUCGGCUCUUCAAGCUGUAGGUCUGUUGGAGCACCUGCUGAACAAGCUCUGAUAUGUGGGCCCGUAGCUAAACAUGGUGAGCAUGUUGUGUUUGGAUCCGGUGCUGUUGGUGAAGAUGAUGUCAACCUCAAGAUGGCAGGUUUGUGUGGUGAAGCAUCCCCGGCUGUUGGCAUAGUAUUCAAUGGUUUGCCUGAGACUAGUUUGUCUCCUGAGUUGCAUGGGAGCAUUCCAACCCUAGUCCUGUACACUGAGAGUGAGGAAGAGGUGUCUCUUCCUGACGAUGAUAUUGCCUUCUGUCUGCAGUCAAUGUUUGCAUCGCCGGGUGGGCCAAGCUGUGUCGUUGGGGCGACAAUUCCCAGUACAACAGGCUCUCCAGUUCGGACAAUGGUUGCAAGAGAUGAAGAAUAUGCUCGAGAGUUAGAGAAGAAGCUGGAAAGCAAAGAGGUUGAAGCAGAUAAUGUAGUGGAGGAUCCGCUUGGAGUGGCUGCCAAGAGAGAUAAGCAGGACCCUCAGAAGUGCAGUAACGCAGCAGGAAGCUCAGCUGGUUCACAUAUGGUUGUGGUUGAGGACAUGAGGACAUUGAACCCGCUAAUGGCCGUACCUGCUCAAGUGGCAACAUGUGGUAAUCGAGAGGGGGGAGGAAGAGGGGUGUUGGUAAUGAGGAUGCUCCCAGUCGUAAGAAGGUCAGGUUUUUGUUUGAAAUUGUGUCACAGCAAGAGCCAAUUACCAGCACCCAUAUGGCAGCACCUGUGCAGGAGCCUUCUUCACAUGAUGACCAGGCGGUGCCGGAUGUGAAUGUGAAUAGCUCCGCAAUAAUGGAGGACAAAGGAAAAGAGGCGGUGGUUCCAGAGGAUCCAGUUAUUGAAGCAAUUCGCAGGGCAAUGGCAGGAGCACAAGGUGAUCCGAUAAUACGAGAGGGUGGCCAUCAAGGAACAACUAGUGAUAAAGAGGUUCAUCAAGCCAAAGAAAGAGAUGAGGGAAAAGUACCCAGGCAAGCUUGGUCUUCAUCCCGAGGAGCCAAUUGGCUGCGAUGUCAUGGGGAUGUUUGAUAAUAUGGACAGAUGCUCUA